AAUCAUGAUAUUCAAAACUUGAAAUCAAAAAGCCAAUCAUUAAUUAAACAGAAUAACGUACAGGUAGCCAUCAAUGAAAGGAUUGAAAAGCAACUAAACGAGAUGACAGAAAGCUUCAACAAACAUCAAAAUGCAAUUGUAAAAGAACUUGUAAAAGCUAAAAAUAAUAGAUUAGAGAACCACAAUGUAACCCUUCUCAUGCAAACAUUCAAAAUUUCAUAUCAUUUAGAUCAAAUUGAGGACUUCUUAGAAUCAGUAUUUGAAACUAUUCAACUUGCUAAACUGAAAAUUAUUCCCAGAAACUUUCUAGAUAAGAGCGAACUUAAACUUAUCAAGGACAAAUUAGAAGAACAACACGUAGAGUUCAUUAAUACAGAUCAGGUUUACGAGCUUUUAGAUAUCAUAUCAGUCUUCAAAGACAAAACAUUAUAUUUCAUCAUACUCAUACCCCAACUAGAACCUUCCAGCUUCAACCAACUACUCUUAGAGCCAGUACCUAUCAACGGUAGAACGAUGAAGAUACCUACAACAUCAGCACUAUUCGGAAUAAACUCAACGUUUUUCAUCAAAAGGGAUUGUCGAGCAAUCGAAACAAACACUUUAUGCAACCGGAACGACCUCAUGGAUGUUUCCACAGAUAACUGCUUUUCAAAAAUUCUAAGAGGAUACCCAGUAUCCUUUCAGUGCUCCUUGUUACCUCAUACAUCAUUAUCAGGAGACGUUCAACAACCAUUCCAAUAAUCGUAUCGGGACGAUACGAUCUUAAAGGGG